CAUCAAACUCAAAACGUUCAAACACAUUUGGUCCUGUAUUUCUCGCCUCUGUGUAACCGCUUUUUUAGAGGGAUACCAAAAUCUUUUCAAUACCUGUAGGUCAUGCGCAUUUGUCAAGCUUUAAUUGGAGUUGGCGUCCGGCGCAAUUGUUCAUCCUUGGCGAGAGCUUCACGUUACCUGAGACAGACAAUACAGUCUACAGAUCGGCCUGGAUGCAAGAUCACGGCAAAUAGACUCCAUCAACAUACCAGGAAGAUGGCCAAUAAGGUCGAUAGAAGCAUGGAAGAGAAAUCAGUUGAAGUUUGCAGGCUGAUGGGUCCAGACGAUGCAAACUUCAGCGGAAAUGUCCACGGAGGUGUCAUUCUGAAGAUGAUUGAACAAGCAGGGUUGAUUGUAUCAACUAGGCACUGUAAUGUCAUGAGAAAACCGACAUCAGACACGGAGGAAGAACCAGAACAAUGUGUCGCCGGUCUCGUGAGGGUUGAAAAGACGGAUUUCGUUCAACCGAUGUACAUCGGAGAAAUUGCCCAACUCCACGCUGAGAUCACACAUACUGCUUACCACUCUAUGGAAGUACAGGUCAAAGUAUGGGCAGAGGACAUCCUGAAGGGCAGAAGAAGAAUGACCAACGAAGCCACUCUGUGGUACGUCCCAACAAGCAUUAAGACACUCGGCAAGGUGCUCUCCAUCCCCAAGAUCAGUUACGCAUCCGCGGAGGCGGAGGAAGCCGGCUGGGAGCGAUAUCGCAAACAGAAGGCAGCUCGAGAGAGGCAAGGCUUAGGGAGAACAGUCAGCAUGAGCAUGGAAGAAAUCGAUGAACUGAAAAAUAUGGAUAAUAGUAUUGAAGAACACUCAGUACCCUUUUCUCAAUCCAGUCUGAUCCAUCUGGCUGGGGUUACUGAUUGUAACUUUGCCGGUUUUGUCAACGGCGGCGUGACUAUGAAACUGAUGGACGAAGUGGCUGGCAUCACGGCAUUUAAACACUGCAAAACGUCGGUGGUGACAGCCUCCAUGGAUGCCGUCAACUUUCACGAACCUAUACCACGAGGUUCAGUGAUGCAUGUCAUAGGACGCCCUACUUUCACCAGUAAACAUUCCAUUGAGAUUGAGGUAUUUGUGGAUAUGGAAUCCAUGUUCCAUGGUCAUGCGUCCAAGCAGAGAGCCGUCCACGCAUUCUUCACUUACGUAUCGCUCGGUGACAAGAAGCAGGUACUACCAGUCCAACAACUCAAGGUACAGUCAGAGGGUGAAAAAAGCAGAUUUCAGGAAGGUUUAGCCCGGUAUCAGGAACGCAAACAAGCGAGAUCAAAGGAGAAAGCCGCGGCCCAACAUCUUGCCAAGUCCUAAAACUCAGCAUUGAACAUAUUACAACAAAUGGUAGCUAAUAAGUGAGACACAUUCUAGUAUUAUGUUACAUUGGGGAGACAGGUCAUUUUGCUGAUGUUUUAACCAGCAAUUUUAGAACAAAAUGUUAUUGUUGCGAGUUGCUUUAAAUGGUUUUGUAGUUUGAGAAUAGUAUAAUUAACAAGUUCUUACAAAUGGGGUUAUUUGAAGGUGUUUGUUUACGCACAAGUUUAUUGGAAUGUUUCGCUAUUAUAUACCAUUUUGGGGUAUUAUUAGACUGUAAUUAUUUGUAUCAAUGGUAUUUUCGGUACUACAAGACUGUAUAAUUUCUGAUGUUUUUUUGUAAAAAAAAUUAUAUUGGAUAAAUUGCUUUAGAACUAGAAUCAUCAAACACUUUGCCAUAUCCAUUUAGAAUUACUUGCAAUGUCCCAAUUUGGACUAACUUAAAGGGAAUGUACAUCAUUGGCUUUUGCUGUAAUUUUCAGAAAUGAACUAUUUGAGGGGUUAGUAUAAUAGAUCAAAUAUUGUUACACUGACA